GUUUGGGUGUGAUAGCUAGUGCCAGUGACGUAACGGAGUGUGUGUAUAAAAACUCUGUCGUCUCCAUCCUGCGCGCACACGACGCUCAGCGGAACCCUGAGCCUGCACGAGGAACACAAACAUGCAGUGUCGGUCCUUGCUCGUCCUGUCGUCGCUCCUCCUGUCGGCGCUCCUCCCUCCUCCUCCAGCCUCCGCCGCCGCCGCCGGCCGCCUGCGGACACCGCAGCCGGCCCCGACGCACCUGAGGGCGGCCACCGGCGGGGACGUCACCGCCGCCCGUCUGCUCAGUUUCGGCGUCCCGCGACUCAUCCUCAGGGGGACGCCGGAGGAGGAGGAGGAGAAUGAUGAUGAUGAUGACGUGAACGACGAAGAGCCGAAGUUCAAGAUGCGCAGAGAGUUCGCGCCGCUCUCCAUCGACCUGACCUUUCACCUCUUGAGAAACAUGAUCCACAAUGCGCGCACGGAGGAGCACCGGAUGCGCGCAGAACUCAACCGGAAGGUGCUUGACGAGGUCGGAAAGUAAAAAAAGAAAAAGCCUAUCAUAAGUCGCCCGGAGAUGUGACGUCACCCAGGCUUUAUACACGCAAGCACUGCAGUAAAGAUAAUCAAAUAGUGUAAAUAGAAUCAUUUCAGCGAUAAUCUAUUCCCAGACGAUAAAUUAAGAGGCGGGACCUUGACUUUUGUGACGUUUGAAACCAGCGAGUGACGUUGACUGUCACAUGACGGAUGACAUCAUUGUUGACUUAGUUGCAGUUUGUUCAUCAGCAAUGUGUUUUUAUUUGACUCAUCAUAUCAGCAAAAGAAAAAAAACUUAAUCUUCCUUCAAUGUUUUCACAUUGUCUUUUGUCAUUUCUUAUUUUGUAAUAAAAAAAAAAUGGACUCACUCAAACUACUUUUGUGUAAUAAAGUCAUUAAGUCAAAUAUGUAUGUCCUCUUGGAACAUUUGUUUAACGUUCUCAAAUCGUCUUUGUACAACAAAAUGAAAAGGAAUGGCAU